CGCCGAUAUUCUCCCUCCAUCGCAGGUUCGAGCUAGAAUCGAGGUUGCAGUCCUAAAUUUCCUCAGAUCCCUAACUUCUAGCUCCCCUUCAAUCUCCGAUCUUCCUCUGAUUAGUAGAAGUUCGAGCAAUAGCAGAGUGAGUCGAGGACUUUUGAGUGAUGAGUCGUCUAUUUUUCUCUCUUAUUCAUAUUGUACGCGUUCGUUAAUGAGGGAGAAUACUGCUAAGUCUUUUGUAAGAGUGUGGAAGGUUAUGGAAAUGUGCUACCAAGUUUUAAAUCAAGAAGGGAAAAAGGUGACCCAAAGAGAAUUAUUCUACAAGCUUCUUUGUGAUUCACAAGAGUAUUUCAAAACUCAGUUGCAGGUCAACAGCACAAUCCAAGAUUUGGUAGCAUUGCUUCAGUGUAGUCGCUACAGUCUUGGAAUAAUGGCAUCCAGCAGAGGAGCAGUUUCGGGCCGACUUUUGCUACAGGCAUCGAGCUCUUACCCUCCUUUGCCGCCUGAAAACUUAUUUAUUCACUUCAGACUUAACUUGCUAAUGUUUACGGACUAUACUAUGGAAUUAGUAUUAUAGUAUUGUAUUGUAUUGUAUUGUAUUGUAUUGUAUUGUAUUGUAUUGUAUUGUAUUGUAUUGUAUUGUAUUGUAUUGUAUUGUAUUGUAUUGUAUUGUAUUGUAUUGUA